UCCUAUCCAUUCCUUCAAUAUACUAUAAAACCCUCAUCAUAUCCAUUCCUUCAUGCAUCGAGAUAGCACUCGCAGCUUCGGCUUCUUGGGUUUUUUCUCCCUUGAACCAUUUUGAUCUUUGCUUCAAAUUAAUUAAUAUGUUGGGCUUAAAUUUCAAACAAGUUCCGCAGACAUACGAUGAAGGUCAGCACGAGGGAAGGCAAGCGGUGAGCAAAGAAGACAUACAGAUACGAAAAGGUUGCUUGAAAAUCAAGGUGGGUCAAGGCGAAGAGCAGCAGAAAGUAACGGUGCCCGUGAAUUACCUGAAGCACCCUCUCUUUGUUCAGCUUCUGAAGGAGGCAGAGGAAGAGUAUGGUUUUUCACAGAAAGGAACCAUAACUAUCCCUUGCCAAGUGGCGGAAUUUAAGAACGUUCAACACUUGAUUCAUACAGAGAGGUCCCUCCACCACCACCAUCACCUCGUUGCCACCUGCUUCAAGGCUUGAUCUCAACAACUUUAUAAAGUUAAUUUCAUGGCUAUAUGUGUUUCUCUCUUCAUAGAUAUGGUGAUCCAAUUGCUGUACAAUUCACGUAUAUAUUAAUAUGAGCUUUGAUAGAAAGUCACUUGCUUGCAAUUGUAUUUUCUUUCCCCAAAAA